AUGCUGCCGCUCAGCCCUCUUUGGAUUUCUUGUUUAGCCGCCCUCUUUGCCAUAAACACGGGUGUAGCGUCCGCGCAGUCACCGCCCAACCCAAAUGCGACAUGGCCGCUACAGUCGUUUCAAAGCACAGAGAUCAAAACGCCUUUCCUUAAUGUCACCAAAAACGGCAAGACAGAGCUAGGAUACCUGUUUCUCAAUCCUCAGAACAUGGGCACUGGUCAUCCCGCUAUCUAUGAAGACGAUGGCCAGCUUGUCUGGCAAGGUCCGGAAGGAAGUACUUUCUCCUUUGAACCACAGAUGCUGGAUGGACAACCGGUACUCCUCUACUGGGACGGCCUGACCAACAGCACGGGCUAUGGGUAUGGCUCUAUGCGUGUCCUCAACAGCUCCUACCAGCAAAUCCACGAGGUCACCAUUCCCGGCGAUGACUUCAAAACGAUAUAUGAACCAGAAACGUUUCCAUCCUAUCUCGAUUUCCAUGAAGGGUUCAUCACUGAAGACGGAUCCAUGAUUUUAGCGGCGGUCAAUGUCACUGAGGCUGAUCUUCAGUCCGUUGGUGGCCCAGAGGACGGCUGGGUUCUGGAUGCACUGGUUUAUGAGAUCGAUAUUGAGACCAACGAAGUAUUAUUUCGCUGGAGCGCUCGGGAACACGUCUCCGAAAUUCCACUCAACUUAUCUCGAAAGCCACUUUCUGGUGCCGGAGCCUCUGAAAAAGAUCCCUGGAACUACAUCCAUAUGAACUCUAUUGCCAAAUACGGGGAUUCUUACCUCGUGUCGUCACGUUAUGCAUGUAGCGUAUUCCUUAUCUCCAGUAACGGCACCCUUAUUUGGCAUCUCAAUGGCAUAGACGGCGGUGACUUCGAAAUGGGUCCCGACACCACCUUCUGCUAUCAGCAUGAGGUCCGCCUUGAAAAUAUGUCAGAGGACAAGGUCACUCUCACGGCACACAACAACGAAAACUCAGACUUCACCAAUCAGACCAAAGCAACAACGGGUUUGGCUCUAGAUCUUGAUUUACAGAACAAGAAAGUCUCUUUGAAGCGGAAGUUGUGGAACGCCCAGCGUCCAGUUGUGUCUAGAGCUCAGGGAAGCUAUCAGAGUCUCGGCAACGGACAUGUCUUGCUCAGUCACGGGGUAAUCCCAGUAAUCGAGGAAUACGACGAGCACGGCGCAAUUGUUAUGGAUGCCCGCUUCGGUUAUGACAACGCCGCGUCCACUUACCGAACGUAUCGCCACUCGUGGGUCGGUGUACCAAAAACCAAGCCAAGUGUCAAGGCAUGCCGCCCUACCGAGGAUGGGGAGCUGGUAGUCUAUGUGAGCUGGAAUGGAGCGACAGGCGUGCAGUCGUGGAAGCUAUUUGCAAGCUCAGAUGACGGGGAGCUCGAGGAAAUCAAAACUGAACCGCGGAAUGGAUUUGAGACAAUAGUGCGGGCGGAGAAUGCUGGCGACAAAUUUGUAGUUGCUGCAGUUGGCGGACCGAACGACGGGGGGAAAUCUGAUAUUGUUACGGUUGGUAGUUGCAACUAA